GUGAUUGUUUCUACCGAGAGGGAGGCGCUGUCCGAUUCAUCAUGUCUGCCUCAAGAGCCGCUUCAGACCAAGGCAGGGCGACGCGUAGCCAGUGGUUUAUUGGGCUUGUCGUAUUUCUUUUUGUCUGUUCCUUAUGGGCAUUCCACAAUCGCUGGGACCGCCCGUUCACGUCAUCGCCCAUCGAUCUGCCUGAGAUCCCAUACACCUUCACUCAGCAUUUGGACCUCCUACCCUUCGAUCAAGCAACACAAGAGAGAUGGAAUGCUAUGAUCCAUCAAAACUGGUGGGAUAUGAAAUGGACAGACACGAGUUCAGGAGAAGUAGUCACCCGUGGGGUCGACAUGCUCCAUAAGAUUCAUUGCCUGAUUGCCCUACGGGAAGAGUUCACCACGCUCACCAAUGACCCGAACCGCUACUUGAAGUUCCAGGCUGAGGACCACAGUUCUCUUGAAAUGCGCCUCCACCUGGGCCACUGCUUCGACUUUCUACGACAGGACAUUCUUUGUGCCGCCGACGAUACUCUUGAACCUCUGGGUGUCGGCUACACAGAAACGGAUGGUAUUAGUGUUGUUCACCAAUGCCACGAUUGGCAUGUCAUCACGAGACACGCCAAGAUGGCUGGGAACAUUGGCGAGGGGUUGUAGUGAAGACAGUCUUCAUCAGCACAUGCAAGCUUUAGUACAAUAAAUGAAUCUUCC